AUGACUGUCAGAGGCUAUUUGACACGCACGCCGUGGGAAGCACUUCCAGAGGCUGUAGGAGCCCACCCCCACAGCCCACUUCCUCGCUGUGACAGCCUUCGAAACCAACUUUACGUACUACGCAAGGCAGUUAUUCUUACUUUGAUAUUGCAAGAAACUGAAUGCCAAGAUUCCUGUUUCAAAAAUUCCUGGUACACAUUUUCGAAAUGGGGGGGAAAAUGGAAUGAAAACAAAGAUUCGUGCCAAUACCAGGGAGGGUAUCUAGUUUCCAUCGAAACUGAAGAAGAAUGGCAGUUCAUUACACAAGAAAUUCAAAGUCGCAAUACUUGGAAGACUGGUGCCUGGCACAUAGGUUUGAAAAAGACACAUGUGACUUGGAUUUGGGAGAGUGGACCCCAACUGAAUAAUCAGAUGCAUAAAUGGCGAAAUUCUGAACCAAAUGGUAACGACAAAUACGCGGAAAUAACAAAAAAUGAAGGCCUCUUAAAUGGUGUCUCUGGGAAUGAUCAAAAAGCCUUCAUUUGUGAAAUUCCCGAAGAAUGCCCAGAUACCUUCUUUGACAACUCUUGGUACAUAUUUUCGUAUGUGGGAAAAAGAUGGGACAAGAACAGAGACAUCUGUCAGAGUCAAGGAGGAGACCUAGUUUCCAUUGAAACAGAAGAAGAAUGGAAGUUUAUUAAUGAUAACAUCCAAAGGCGCCGUGCUUUGUUCUAUCAUAUUGGUUUGGUAAAAAGGGCUGGAAACUGGACUUGGGAGAGGAGGAAAACGGUGGUUAAUUAUAAUGUAUCAUUAGUUUAUCGAGAGCCACUGGCGAAAACUCUUCGCAAGGCUUCUGCCGAGACCACCUUGGAAUACCUUGCACACUGGAAUAUGGCAAGAAGGGUUGGGUACAGAAUUGCACCUUUACAGAUUAUACUUGCAGAUUGA